AUGUUCCGUCGUUUCUCCGCAAGCGCGUUGUCUGUCGCUGCGGCUCGCUUCUACACCCCAUCGGAGGGUCUCAAGAAGCUGUACACUAGCGAUUUUGACAAGGCUGCAUUUCCGCUGAACAUUGUGCCCGGCGAUAGUGUUCUUUUCGCAAAGUUCCUUUACAAGGCGGCUGAACAGACAGGAAACUUUGAUGUUAUCCUGAGGGACUUUCAAAAGAUCGCAACUGCCUCGAGUAAAUUUCCCGUCUUCUGGGAGCGUACGACGAUCAUUGAGGACGUUGCCGAGUUCAAGAACCUAUCGGAGCCCACGUUCUUUACGCUGGUGUGGAUGCAGAAUAACGGCAUGUUAGACCUCAUCCCGGAAGUGGCGGAGGUUUUUGAGACGUACGUCAACGCCAAACAGAAUAAAGCUGUGGCGAAAAUAUACGUGGCCCCAGGGAAGGAGAGCGACGUGGCGGAAGCCAAGCGUGUGGCGCAGGAGCUGCACAAGGAAGCAAAGGAGCUUGCCGGCCACACACUUGUCUUUAAGACGGUGGUCGAUCGCUCCAUUGUGACAGGUUUUGCGGUGGAACUCGCCGGGCGGUACGUGAACCGUGCUGAGGGCCACAAACAGCACACCACCGUGGAUGAGGCGGAUUAUACCACCGUUCCGCCACCGAGGCUUUCGAAGACCGUGUGGGAAGAUAACAUUGAAACGGAGGUGCUUCGCCGGUAUCUUGACAGCCUCGCCGAGUAUGAUGCGGAAGAGGCAAAGUACGGUGUAUGA